GAGAGAGAGAGGACAGAAACCCCUUAACGAACAUUCGAUCCCAUUAAAUGAAUCUGCCCCCCAAACUUCCCUUUACCAUUUCCUCGUUUGUACGGAGUCCGAUGGCGACCAAGCACCACGUAUUUGAUCUGUGCACGAAGCGUGACAAUUUUCCCUUGUUCCUUUGCCUUUAAUGUUUUUCAGAGCCUUUUCUUAGCAGUUAAUGCCUGUGGAAUACCUGUCCUUCUGUUUGUCACCUGUGCUACAUGGGGGACACUUGCCUCUAACGUGCCCAUCAACCCGUUAAACGACAAUUCAAUCCCCUAUAUCCAUAUCUUUGAUUUGAGCUUUCUCUCUCUAAAAUCCACGUUCCAUUACCAUCGAUCCCUUUCUCUCAGUCUCUCGAGCUUUGUCACUCUUCGGGGGCAAGGCGACUCCAGCUCUUUUUCUUUCCUUUUACCCCACCUCUGAAUCCCCUGUUUAUCUUCAUUGUUUGAAGGAUUUUUUUGUGCGUGUACUCGAUACUCUUAUUUUUCAUCUCUUUCUCUCUCUUCUCUCUCUGGAUUGUGGUGUUUGAUGGACCGGUACGAUCCUCUUAAGGAUAUUGGAUCGGGGAAUUUUGGGGUUGCCAGGCUUGUGAGAGAUAAGAAAACCAAAGAACUUGUUGCUGUUAAAUACAUUGAGAGAGGGAAGAAGAUCGAUGAGAACGUACAGAGGGAGAUCAUCAACCAUAGGUCUCUGAGGCAUCCAAAUAUUGUUCGCUUCAAAGAGGUCUGCUUGACACCAACUCAUCUUGCGAUUGUAAUGGAAUAUGCUGCUGGGGGUGAGCUCUUUGAGAAGAUAUGCAGUGCUGGGCGAUUUAGUGAGGAUGAGGCAAGAUUCUUUUUUCAGCAAUUGAUAUCUGGAGUUAGCUACUGCCAUUCCAUGCAAAUUUGUCACAGGGAUCUUAAGUUGGAGAACACGCUUUUGGAUGGAAGUCCCACCCCACGGCUUAAAAUUUGUGAUUUUGGAUAUUCAAAGUCCUCUGUGUUGCAUUCGCAACCAAAAUCCACCGUCGGGACACCAGCAUACAUUGCCCCAGAGGUCUUAUCUCGAAAAGAGUAUGAUGGCAAGAUUGCAGAUGUGUGGUCUUGUGGGGUGACGCUUUAUGUGAUGCUUGUUGGGGCAUAUCCAUUUGAGGAUCCUGAAGAUCCUCGGAAUUUUCGUAAGACAAUUGGGCGCAUAUUAAGUGUGCAAUAUACAAUUCCAGAUUAUGUCCGUGUGUCUGCAGAAAGCAAACACCUCCUUUCUCGCAUUUUUGUGGCAAACCCAACAAAGAGGAUUACAAUACCAGAGAUUAAGAACCACCCUUGGUUCUUGAAGAAGCUACCUACGGAGUUAAUAGAGGGGGAACAAACAAACUAUGAGAAGGAAGAUAGAGAGAACCCUCCUCAAAGCAUAGAAGAUAUCAUGAAAAUUAUACAAGAGGCUAGAACCCUAGCGGAGGGGUCCGAGGCUGAUGGGUCCCAAUCAGGUGUUGGCGAUGUGGACUCUGAUGAAACGGACCCGGAUGCUGAGGUUGACAGUAGUGGGGACUACGUGUGUCCUGUGUGAAUAAGGCAUGGAAUUCAAGAGAGAGAAAGGGGCUCUGAUCUCAGCUGCCUCCUUAUCAAAACAUGAUGUGCAUUAUCUUCUACGCCGUAUGAUGGUUUAUCUCCACUUCCUUGAUUAUAAUGGUGGAUGGUGUCUAUACAUGCAUAUCAUGUAUGUGAGGUAUAUUAUGAAAUGACUCUCUCUCUCUCUUUCAAAUUUCUUGUGAAUGAGUGCAAGCACUUAAUUGUAAAGCUAUAAUAUCUGCAGCGUUUGAGAGCAUAUAAAAUGUCUCGUGUGUGUUAAAUUUUUA